GAGAAAGGUAUGCUUUUAAGCUUAUUGAGUUUCUUCAUUUAUAUGCCAUGUCCCCGCUCUCAUGGUCUUAUUGUUUCGAUGUGGGAAUUUGCUUUAUAGCUAUAGCCCAUUUGGUUCUGCCUGGGCCUGAGCAGCAAACUCUAGACGGAUGUCAUGUAAAAGCUUUCAAACCUAAAACCUAUACAACUCUUUGCCUGUUCCUCCGUUUCCGAUGACGGGUGCAUACCGCGCUACCUUCUCUUUCUACGCGCCACCCAAAGUCACCUCCGCAACCAUUCACAGAUUCCGACUAAGCCCACUCCUCUCAUCUUCUGUUUCUAUUCCAUUUCCAUCUAAACGCACAAACAGGAAAAACCACUUGCGCCCCAAAAUCCUCAAAACGUUAACUAAACCCUUCACCCCCGCUCCUCUUCCUCAGAUAGUUCCAGUAGAACACACAGUCCCCAUUCCCAUUCCGUUCCCACCUGAUUACGACCCCGUUUUGGAUGCUCCAUCCGAUGAAAUAUCCAGCAGAAGUCCUCUCCCUGGAGAAAAGGAUAGGUUUGAAGAAUUUGGUUUAUCGGAGACAAUAGGCACUGCUGGAGAAUAUAGUGGCAUUAAUGGUAAAAUUUAUGCCAAGUCCCUCUUGAAAUUCUGUGGUUAUUUGGUUGGGGUUACAAUCUUUGCAGUUUGGGUGCUGGGGAACUCCAGUUCAUCUAAGAAAGAAGAGAGAGUGGAUAAUUUGGCUGGUAAAGGGAGUAUAUUGCUGAAUGGAAGCAGCAAUGUGGCUUACUUUGAUGACAUUGAUCAGGAAGAGAGAAUCAGUGAAAUUAGGGCUAUGGCAAGGGAGGCGAGGGAGAAGGAGAAAAGGGAGAGGAAAGAGGGUAAUGAAGAAACUGACAUUGAAAAGGAGAUUGGAGCAAGAUUGGUUAAAUUGGAGAAGAGAUUAAAUUCCAAGAGAGAAAAGUUGCCUGAAUCAUUUAUGAAUUAUUUGGGCCUUUUUGGGAAUGAAGAAGAAGAAGAAGAAGAGCUUAGCGAUAAUAGUUUGGUCCCAAAAGAGGAUCACAAAGCAUUGAGGUUCAAGAAAAAGUUUAAGUUUAAAAGCCCUUCAAUGAACUCAAGGAGUAGUCCGAAGGGAUUUUCAGGUUCGAAUAGCAUGAAUGGAAGUCAUCCAAAUGGGGAAUCUAGAGACAUUGAUUCGGGGACUAUGAAAAUAGAUAGCGGAGGGAAAGUCACUGGUGUUCAGCUGAAUUUGUCACAAGAUGGCAACAAGUUAGAGACGGAAAACAAAGAUUUGCUGAAGGAAAUACAGUCCGGUGCUGUCCAGGAGAAUAGGAAAGGAAGAUUGUCAAGUGAAGUAACAAAGUCAUGGAAAUCAACAGAUUUUGAGAAACAGAAUUCUCUAAGCUUAACAAAAGAAAACCAGAGAACUAAUACAAAUUUAGAUGGCCCAGCUUCACCAAGAAGAAAAAGCAGCAGAGACCCUGGAAAGAGACCAGUAACCUACAAAAUGGGGGAUAAAAAAUCAGUAGUGCAAACAAAGUUGUGGUGGUUGAAGCUUCCUUAUGCUCUAGCUAUCCUUAUGCGUAGAGGCACAGAACAAGAAGGACCAGCUGGACUUUAUGCAUUAAGAACACCUUCUCAGGCAGAUAACCAAGAGGACUCUUGCACUGUUGCUUUUGAGGACCGCAGUGAUGCCAAUAACUUCUGCUAUCUACUUGAAUCCUACUUUCAAGAUUUAGGGAACUUCAGUGCUGACAUUGUUCCACUGUCAAUAAAAGAACUUCAUGAUGCAGUGAAAUCUCGUUCCAAGAAGGUAAUUGUUGUAAAGAAGGGGCAGCUUAAGCUUUAUGCUGGUCAGCCAUUUGCUGAGGUUGAGAUGGCUUUGCUCUCUUUGCUUGAUCAAGAUCAAGAAGGUACAUAAUGAGGGGUAGCCGGUUCUCUCCAUCUCCAUAAAUCCCCUAACAAGGGCAGAAUCCAAACUUGAGACCUCAAGGAAGUCAGCCUUUACUAUUGGGAUAUCUACUUGGGACAUCAAGGUACAUAGUUUUGGAAUAAAUGAAUGAUUAUACCUGGAUUCUUCUUCAAUCUGUGGACAUGUUCUUAUGGAUUCUCCUCAGAGUCAAGAUCUCUCUUCUUCAACAAUAUUUUAGGACUUUAGGACUUACUGGCCAGAUUAAUGAUCUUGACCAGCCAUAGGUCUCUUGAAUCUAUGGAGAAAUUUUGGACAGUAGGGCAAAUAUGACAAGGAUGUGGUGGUCUUCCCACUGAAUCAGAGCUCUUUUUGUUCUGAAAAACUGUAUAUAGUAGAUGUCUAUUUGUUUUGAAAAAUUGUAUGUAGAUGUCUUUUUGUUUGGUUGUUGGGGACUUGAAAAGAACUGGAAAGAAUAAAGUUAAAACAAAUGAACCCCUUCAGAAUAA